CAUGUGAUCAAAGACAGAGCAGAGGAAGUGAACAUUUUGUAGCGAAUAAAUGUUUUCAUCACAAAAGAUGUGCAAUAUUAACAUGGCAAAUCAGGAAUGUAACCGCCGUAGAUGCUAACUAUCAACUUUUUGGUGUUGUGCACAAGAGAGAAUGAGUGUGAAGGAGAAAGCCAAAGUGUUCGAAGAUAGACACUCUGGAGAAAGUCCCCCGCCCAGGAAAAAGAACCGUGAAGAGCUGAUCGAGCACAGUGAUGAUGGAGAUACUCUUGGAGAAAGGCAUACUACAGGACCUCCUGUGCCGCCACCCAGGAAAUACAAAAAGAAUGGAACAACAAGACCUAAUGAAAUGUCAAGUCCAAGCACAGAAAGGAAAGAGAACAUGAAGCCAGAAUUAAAUGCGGCAAAACCCACAAGCGAUUUGGAUUCAAUGACAAGCAAAAAGCCACCAAGACCUCCCCCACCGCCAAGAGGAAGCUCUCUUGGGCGGAAAAGUACACUGCUCUCAAAUGCCCAGUCAUUGCCAUCUGGUGAGAAAAAGAAAAAACCUCCUGUCCCACCAAAACCAAAGAAUUAUGUUCCAAAGAAAGUCUCAUCGCCGAAUGCUGUCCUUGUAAAGAAUGAUAACAGUAGUGCGUGUCAAGCAGCAAAAGAGAGAGCUGAUUCAGUGCCAGCAUCUCCUACUGCAUCUGAUGAACACAAGUCACAGUUUUUCCUCACACUGGAAAAGGGGAAUUAUACUGUGGCUCCUUCUAAAGGCUGUGACUCUACAACUACAUCAAACUCUUUUGUUUCCCCAGAAAGAAAAAAUGAUGCUUUAAAAUCAAAAGAGAUUGAAUCAAAAGGGGAGGUUUUAAGUGUUAAAGGAAUCAAUAAUGUUAGGAACGGUGUGACAGACACUAGUGUGCUUGAAAAUGGAGUGGCUUCCCAGCACGGGAAGACUAUUUUGCUAGAGAAGAUAACUUCUGGAAAAGAUAUGCCAGAUCCUUUGGAAGGUCUGGAAAUAACUGUUGAUGAAUUUAGCGAGGAAGAAGGUGACUUUGAUCCAACAGAUCAUGAAGAUGAGAAGGAAAAUGGCAGCUCUGCUGAUUUGGUAGAAGUUAAUGGGAUAACAGAUAGUUUGACUGGACAUGGUAAACAGAAUGUUAAGAUUUUGUACUGCGUUGAGCUGGAGGAAGAAUGUUCUGUUACCAGGAUAGAUGAUACUGCAGAGAGACAGAAACUUCAUCAUGAUGAUGUUUCAUUGACUAAAACUGCUCAUGUGUCUGAAGUAGAGGAAAUAAACAAAUCACAUAUUAGUUUGGAUGAUCAGUUUGUCCAACGUUGUGAAGAAACUCCCGAUGAAAGGUCUCUUGAAGGAGGAGAUGUGGAGGAAAGUUAUUAUUCUGAGCCUUUGACAAAGGAGUCCUCCGAGGAAGAACAAAAAGAAGGAGAAAUCAGUGAUAGUAAUGAAGUAAAUAAAAAAAUUGAGAAAUUUGCAGAAAUUGAACUUGAAAAACCAACAGAAGAUGAAGAGAUGUGUGACAUAGACAUUUUGGAUGACCUCAGUGAUGAUGAUCAGGAGAACAUGUUAGAAGGCAAUAUGUCUAUUGAGGAGUUCUACAAAACAACUAUGGAUCAGGAUGUUGAACUUGAAGCUGAUUGGCAGCUAGGGGAUUUAGAUUCACGGCAAGUUGAAUCAGUGGAGGGGAGUAAAGAAGACAUGGAUACUGUUACAGAGUUGAAAGAGGAUGAACCACAGGAAAACAGCGAAGUGAUUUUAGCUGAAGCCAUAAGAGAAGGUACUUUAAUAUCUGUGACUGAUCAUGUAGUCUCUGAAAGAGCUACUGAAGUUGUGGAAGAGGAUAGCCAUGAGGUACCCGCUAAUGAAGAUUCUGAGGAUUUAGAAGAUAAACUAGUAAAGGAAGAGUUGGAAAUCACUGCUUCCUUUUCUGAGGGUGAGCAAAUCGUCCAAAAAACAGAUUCUGAAAAUUUGAUGGAUGAUUUCCGAAAUGAAACUGAAGGGCAGUUACUGCCUGAUGUAGCAAUGACAUUUUCUGAAGAAGUGGAAUCUGAAAAUGUAGUCAUGUCGGAAUUGAAUGAAGAAGAAAAAUCUGAAGAAAAUGUACUUGUUGAGGACUCAGUCUCUGAGGAUGCUAGUAAAGAGGAAGAUACUAAAGAUACAGAAGAUUCUUGUUCUAGUGAAAAUGUAGAACAAGUUGAAGUGAACAGUGAGGUGGCAGCUUCUAUAGCAGAUUCCACAUUGUUAGAGACAUCAAAAGAAGUAGUUGAAUUUAUUGUCAAUGCUGUCGCCAUUUCUACUGAAGACGAAGACAAGGAGAAUAAUGUUACUGCUCCAUCUGUUGAAGAACCAGCAUCACAAGAAGAUGAAAAUGCAGAGGAAGCACACUCACCAACAUCUCCACAGCCAGUACGCCCAGAAAGGCGCAAUCGCCAGGCUAGACAACAAAAGAAUGCUUAUGAAAAUAUUAAACCCACCAAAAAACAACCAGUGGAGUUAAUUAAGAGUGGUACUGCAGUGAGGAAAACUCAAUCCUUUAGUAAAUACGAGACAGUUGUUCUGUCCCUGCCACGCCCUGCUCAACGUGUGUCUGACGAUGAGGCAAUUUAUAGAGUUCCUAGAGUGAUACCAGUUGAGAGCUAUGCUAAUGAUGAGUCUGAGUAUAGUGUUCCUUAUCAGAUUUCAUCUUAUAGGACUGUCCAAGAUAAUGAAUAUGCUGUGCCGAAACCAAUCGUAGUUCAGGCUUGUACAGUAAGAGACAGGAGCGAGACCAAUGAGGGAGAUGUAUACUCUGUGCCCGGUCAAGUAACAUCAGUACCUGUGGUGGAAACAUUUGCAGAGCCUUCCAGUAAUGAGCUUGUUCAGGCAGUUCCACAGGAGGGUAAUGACAUGUAUGCCGUCCCUGUUCAAGAACAGCCCAAAAGUGUCUCUGUUGCCUCUGUUCCUGCUGAGAAAGCACAUCAGAAAACUGUUACUGUUUUCCCCAUUCCUGUUGAAGAAGCACCACAGAAAAAAGUAACCCCUCCUCCAAAACCACCAAGAUGGAGUCUUACAAAAGAUGACAUGAACAUCAAGUUUGAUUUGGGAAGUUUUCCCAGUUCUGUUAACUCUGAGACAACAGCAAGGGAGUCCCCUAAGCCACUCCCAAGGACUAGAGAACAGAGAAAUUCACCAAGCCCUGUUCCAAGAAAGAGCUCCAAAACAGCUGAAUCAUCAGAAUCUGCCACACCGCCGAAAGGGGAUUCCCCUAUCCCAGCUCCGCGAAGUCGCUUGAAUGCUCUUCAAAACAGUAGGGAGGGGACUUCCUCAAAUAUUUCAUCAUUGGAGCUUUCCAUGUUGUCAUCUUCUGAGGUCUCUACACAGGAAAGCACAGAAGAGGAGUCAACCAUUAAACGCAGGCCUCCACGACCACCGCCACCCAGUGGCAGAGCAAGCUUUUUAAACAAUGAGGGUAACAUGCUGCCUCCUGGGUCUCCUGGACCAUUUGGACAUAAUUUAGAUUCAGACUCAGAUUCUGAUGUUGGAGAAGAGACUCCCACAAAGGGUCCAGCCAAGCCUAAGACAUACUACAUCGCUCAUGAAAUUCUCACAACUGAACGUACAUUUGUGGAUGCUUUGAAGCUUGUCUUUGAGGAAUGCUAUGGUACAAUCAAGAAUGCAAAUGUUAUAGCUGAUGCUGUUCUGGGUGACAUUUUCCGGGAUUUGGAAAAUAUUUAUUUGCUGGACUCUAAAUUUCUCCAGGAGUUAGAAGAAAGGAUGAAAACAUGGGAGGAACAUGAGAGAAUUGGGGACAUUAUCAAGAAAUAUGGACAUUUCUUGAAGAUGUACACCCAGUAUGUGAAUGGUUAUGACAAAGCCAUGAGUGUCUUUCAAGACACGAUGAAGGAGAAUGCAGAAUUUGCAAACUUGGUUUCUCAAUUCCAGGCAAGUGAAAGAUGUAAUGGUAUGAUUCUGUCAGCUUACAUGCUGAAACCUGUACAGAGGAUACCAAGCUACAGACUUCUUCUAAUUGACUAUCUUAAACAUUUACCCAAGGAUUCUGAUGAGUCAAAAGACACAGAGAUCACACUGAAGAUUGUGUCAGAGGUUGCGACCCAUAUUAAUGAAUCCAUGAAGAAGAUGGACAGUUUUGAACAGAUGUUAAAACUCCAAAGAAUGCUUGUCGGACACCCAGAGAUCGUUAAAGCUGGGCGGGAUUAUCUAAAAGAAGGAACACUGAUGAAGUUGUGUCGGAAAGACAUGCAAGAAAGAAUGUUUUUCUUGCUAACUGAUGUUCUUCUUUACACCACCCCUGUGGGUGGUAACCAGUACAAGCUGAACAAAAUGUUGCCUCUCCUUGGAAUGCAGGAUUAUCUAAAAGAAGGAACACUGAUGAAGUUGUGUCGGAAAGACAUGCAAGAAAGAAUGUUUUUCUUGCUAACUGAUGUUCUUCUUUACACCACCCCUGUGGGUGGUAACCAGUACAAGCUGAACAAAAUGUUGCCUCUCCUUGGAAUGCAGGUGCUUGUACCAGAUUCUCCAGACUUUGUAAAUGAAUUCAGUAUUAUCAGCACUACAAGAUCAUUCACUCUCACCGCAAGCACCCCAGAAGAAAGAGAUCAGUGGGUCGAGGCUAUCAAUAAUGCCAUAGACGUCGUUACAAAAAGGAAAAUCACUUUCGUCAGCAAGACAAGAGAUGCCGCGGCACUGGGAAUACAGGAACAAGAUGGUGAUUUCAAACUUGGUGAGAAGGCUCCUGUGUGGAUUCCCGAUGCUCGUGUUACAAUGUGUAUGAGCUGCACAUCACCAUUCACUCUCACAAACCGCAGACAUCACUGCCGAGCCUGCGGAAACGUAAGUAGAAACAUGUAGAGAGUGUGUUUUGUAAUGGAAUUGUUAGCAGUUACUGGAAGUGGUUUUUAUGAUAUCCAGAAAUAUAACCAAGGGCGGCAUAAGUGUUAUCAGUCGAAAAACCAAAUGCUGAAGCUUAUGACAGUUACCUAAACCUUAAUUAUUCCCGAUAUUAUAAUAGUAGAACUGGACCUAACAAUGAUUUAUUAGUCAAGAACGGUUUUCGUUCGAGUGUCCAAAAGUUCGUUGCCUUUUGCCUCUGUGUCAAAGCCAGUCUUCGUGCCAAACCAUUCAUAUGAACAUGUGUUCCG